GCACUUUCAACCUGAUCCGGGGCAAGCGCGUACGAGUAUGGAUCUUAUUGACGCCGUGACUUGUGGCAAUGCGGCCGCAGUGGCCGAGCUCCUCCAAGACGGCGCCGAUCCCAAUUACCGCGACAAGUUUGGCGAACACGCGCUCUUCCUCGCCGCCUUGGAAGGUCAUGUUGACGUUGUGAGCCUGCUUCUCAAUGCUGGCGCCAGCGUCGACAUGACAACAUCGGGAGGUGCGACCGCGCUCAUGGCGUCGCCUGGCGUCGGUUCGGUCGAGCUCGUCCAACUACUUCUGGCGCGUGGCGCCAACGUCAACCACAGCACGAUGCAUGGCACAGCGCUGACGGCGUCUGUGGAGCGUGACCGCGACGACCUCGUUGAUGUUCUUCUCGCGGCCGGUGCCCGUGUCAACAUCCAGUACACACCUUACGAGGUGUCGCCCAUCUUGGUGGCCGCUCACAAAGGCUCUGUCGCCAUUGCCCAGCGACUGCUCCAGAGUGGCGCCAACUUGCUCAGUGUCGACAAGGACGGACAUGGCGUCGUCAGCUAUGCUGCCAUGGGCGGUCAUACCGACAUGAUUCGCUUCCUCGUACAAAAAGGGGCCAACCCAAGCGCAACCUCCAUCGCUCGCGGGACGCCGUUGAUCAGUGCUUGCGGGUGGGGCCAACUGGCCGCUGUCGUCGCCUUGCUUCAAGCUGGUGCAACCGUCAACCAAUCUGACGCAGAGCCGUGCCUUCACGUUGCGGCCUCCAACGGUCACUCGGCGAUUGUAGCGCUUCUGCUCAAGGCGGGGGCCGACCAUGGCGGCACGGCCCUCUAUGCGGCCGCCCGCAGCGGUCACUCGGACAUUGUGCGUCAGCUUGCGUACGCCAAGGCCCAGCUCGACAAGCCGGCACGCGAUGGGUCGACGCCGGUGAUCGUCGCUCGAUGCAACCAACACGCAAGCGUCCUCGAGGUCUUGCACGACGUGCGCACCAAGAAAAUGGAGUUGCUCCAUGCAGUGCGCCACGGUCAUCUGGCUGCUGUUCGAGCGCUGCUGGCCGAGGGCUUGAGCGUCAACGAGACAGACGAGCACGGCAAUACGCUCGUGCACUUGGCACUGCUUGGUCGCCACGAGGCUCUGUUGGCCGAACUUUUGACGGACCCCGCUGUCGACACCAGCGGCGUCAACAAGUUUGGCGAGUCGCCGAAAGCCAUCGUGACCAAGAUGGAUGUUCCAUCCCUCAUCGAGCAACUCCACAACAUCCAGAGCAAGCCACCAAUGCAGGUGCCUGCAGUGUCGACGGUGCAUUUGCGAGAGCUUGGCCGCGGCAGCUACGGCAUCGUCGUCAAGGGCUCGCUCCAAGGCCAAGACGUGGCCAUCAAGGAGCUUUGGAAUUCUCAUGUUGGCGCUGCGAGCCUCCAAGCCGAGAUGCAAAUUCUCAUCGACAACCCGUCACCGUACCUUGUGCGGCUCGUUGCCACCGCUGAUGCCGCAUCGGACGCGCCGCAGCUCUUUUUUGAGUACAUGGAUGGCGGCAACCUCACGUCGUACCUCGAGAAGAUCACUGCAGACGACACGGCGGGUCUCCGCGUCAUUGAAAAGCUUGCUGUGCCCUUAUGCAUUGAAGCCGCGGUGGCGCCCGACGUGCCCACCAUUCCCUCGCGCGUCGGGCGGUCCCAGAGACCCCUUUCGCAUGAUGAGGAGCUGCAUGUUGCCGUAGAGACUGGCAACGCGGAUGACGUCCGCGCCUUGCUCGCGAGUGGGGUUCACCCCGACAGCACCAGCAUCACGGGCGAAACACCACUGAAGAAAGCCGUGGGUUUGAGGGAUAGCCACCUCGUCGAUAUGCUACUAACCUACCAUGCGAACGUCAACCAUGCAAAUGCGAUGGGUAUGACAGCGUUGCAUGACGCGGCGACGCGGAGCGCGAGCGACAUCCUGCUCAUGCUCCUCCGUGGGCCAAACGUCUCUGUGGACGCUCGAACGAUCAAACAACAAACGCCAUUGCACGUUGCGGUCGCCGCCGGGCAACUGGCGAAUGUCGUUGCGCUUGCAGACGCCGGUGCCGACUGCGAAGCCACCGAUGCGAACUCGUAUCGGCCGUUGCACUACGCCGCGCUAAAGGGUCAUCCAGGCAUUGCAGCGUUCCUUCUCCAGCGCGAGGCCUCGACGUCGGCGCGCAACAAACAUGGCGAUACGGUGCUGCAUGUGGCCAUUUUGAACGAACACAGCGACGUGGCCACGCUCCUCGUUGAGGCGGGUGCUGAUGUUCACGCCGUCUCGAACGAGCAGAGCCCGCUGCACGUCGCAUGUGAACGCGGUGUCGCGGCCGUGGUGCCGGCGCUUCUUGCCCGUGGCGCAAACGUCAACGCCCACUACCGCGGCUCGUCGCCUCUCUUCCUCGCAAUGAUCCACAACCACGCGGACGUCGUCAACAUGCUCCUGGCGUCGCCCGAUUUGGAUCUCAACGAACGAAGCCAAGAUGGCCUCACUGCUUUGCACGUUGCUACGAUCGGUGACAAACUCGCCAUUGCCAAGACCCUGCUUCACGCUGGCGCGGAUGUCGACGCAAAAGCCACCGCGUGGGGACUCUGCGCCAUGGACUUUGCCAUCAAGAAGAAGAGCCGCGCCAUGGUUGACGUGCUCCAGCCCGCCUACCACCACAAACGGGCGUUGCUACAAGCAAUGCACCAGCAAAAUGAGCCUCAUUUCGCAGCGCUACUAGAAGCGCCGUACAGCUGCAACGUCAACGACGAGAUCGGGUGUUCGCUUGUGCAUUUGGCCGUCCUCGCGAAUAACGAAGUCAUGCUCGACCUGCUUCUAAGCACGCCUCGCGUCCUCUUUGAUACGACCAACCACGAACACAAGACGCCAUUGGCCAUUGCCAUUGAGCGCGGAUGUGCGUCGAUGGCACAAAAGCUCUUUGAUCGAGUGCAUGCAGCCGCGGUCGAGAUUGCCAGUUCUGAGUGCGACGUGACCAGCCACGAACUUGGUCGGGGCGGGUUUGGGGUCGUCUUCCUCGGCUCGUACCGCGGUGCCAAGGUCGCGGUCAAGACCGUCACAAACAUCAACCACCUCCAGUCGCUCCAUGCUGAAGUCGAUGGGCUCCUUGCAUGCCCGUCUCCGUACCUUGUGCGGCUGGUGGCUAUCGCGGACCGCCACUCGGAGACACCGGCGCUGCUGCUCGAGUACAUGGAGGGCGGCAGUCUUCGGUCGCACCUCGAGAAGAAGCAGUUGGGCCGGCGCACGUCGGAGCACGUGACCGCGCUGCAUGCGGCCUGGGUAGUGGCCAACGCCUUGAACGACCUCCACGCCAAGAAGAUAGUACACCGCGACAUCAAGAGUGACAAUGUUCUCUUGAGCUCGAGCGACGAGGUCAAGCUCGGGGACCUUGGGCUGGCGCGGUGCGAGGCCACCGUCAUGACGGACGCGCCGGGCACGCGGUUCUGGAUGGCGCCCGAGGUCCUGUGUGCCAACGGCACCAAGUAUGGCCUUCCGGCUGACAUUUAUGCCUUUGGCGUGCUUCUCACCGAGCUAAACACGUGCCAGCUGCCUUACUUCGACCAAGAUGUCCAGGACCCCAUUGCAUUUGUGAACAGCGUCGUGAACGGCUCGCUGCGCCCGUCGCUGACACCCGACUGCGAGCCAUGGCUGCGCGAGUUGGCAGACAUGUGCCUGCGUGGUGACCCGGCGGAUCGCCCGACCGCCCACGACAUCGUUCAGCGGCUGCGCAACGAAAUGGCGACGCUUCCUCCGCCCGACACCAGCGUGGAAUAUGCCUACUUGCGCGCCGCGGCCAAAGACGAUGUCGACGCAGUGUCGGAGCUACUGACCAGCGGCGUCCCGCUGGACUGGACACUACCGGGCGGUGCGUCACUGCUUUUGGCCGCCACGACGGCGCGUGCCACCGGGACCGUGAAGCUCCUCCUGGAUCACGGGGCCAACGUCAACGACGUGAGUGGGGGACGGACACCGCUGCAUGAAGCGGUGGCGAUCUUCUCGGAACAUCUGCAGCACAUCUUGAUCGAUGCGGGCGCCGACGUCGAAGCACGUGAUAAGGAAGGCAACACGCCACUUGCGGUCGCGUCGUCCAAGAUGCCUGUCGAGGCGUGCAUCAAGCGACUCGUAGCGACAGGCGCCACCGUUGGGACGCUGCCCGAGGACGACACGAGGGACAUUCAGUUGAUGCCCGACACUGCGGUCCAUGGCGACCCGCUCCGCGUGCUCACAUUGUCGGCCUCGCGGCAAGAGAACGCGGCGUGCCCAGAGAUCUUUUGUGGCCUGUGCGCGCACUGGCAUCCCGUCGACGAGGUGUGCGGAGCGUGCGGCCAUGACGCAUCGGCGAUAGACCGUGCCGUAUCGGUGGUUCGACGCUUGAUGCGGCUCCAUUACCGCGGCAACGCCGUCGACUGGAACAAAAAGUGCAGCACCUGCCGCCAAAUGAGCUUGACGAUCUUUGACGAGCGCUGCCCCGAGUGCGGACACCAGCAGGAAGCCGAGACCGAGAUCAAGUUGCUCAAGAUCGUCCACGCGCGUUUGAAGAAGGCGCUGAAAGCAACUCGAGUCGCUUACGAUGAACCGGCGAUCCCGCGUAGCGUCCGACGCUGGCUAGCACGUAUGAGUGACCCGCCAGCCGACAGACGGCCGCCCACGGCGCCAUCGAUGGCCAAGGCAAAGCAAAAACGUUCCGGAGAAGCGGACACGAGUCAGGCGUCGGCGGGCGUCAACCUUUGCGGCAUCGAGCUUCUGCCACCCCCUACGUCCGUGCGGCAAUUCGAGGACACGGUAGCACCAAGGGCGGCAGCGAGCUCAAAGGGACAGAGCGCGUUGGCCCGUCGUUUGUUCACCAGUACGCGCGCGCCUGUCCUUACGAUCUCGGCCGACCAUUUACCCGAGCCCGGUGCUACCGGUACAGUGGAUGGCCGAGUCGUCGUCCAUCGCCACGUUGGUGACGAUGACCCGCUCGACGCCAUUCGAAGGUGCACGUCGCCUUUCAUCGAGCCCAUCGUGGCGGCGGCCCUGCCCACGAGCGUCUUUGUCGAGGUGACCAAGGCUUUGCGUCUCCAGCAGGUGCUGCAAGCGCCACAUGCACGCGAGGACAUGCAGCACGCGGGCGCAUUGAAGCUCCAUAUGAUCUACGCGGUCGCCAACGCGCUGGUGGAUCUGCACGAUGUUGGCCUCGUCCACGGGCAUCUCUCGAGCCACAACGUGAUCUUUAGUCCGCGCAACUUUAUUCAAAUAUGUGUCCCGGGGACCUCGGCGACCGACGAUGCGCUGCUGGCGUGGACCGCCCCCGAAGUGCUCGCAGGCGACGCGCCGCCGUCAUCCGCGUCCGACAUUUACGCGUUUGGCAUUCUCUUGACCGAGUUUGAUACGUUCGCAGAGCCGUUUGCUGACUAUGAUUUCGACGACGAAGUUGCGCUCGCCGUGGCAGUCGUGGACGGCGACUUGCGGCCAACGCUGCGCGACGACUGUCAAGUGUGGUACCGAAACCUCGUCGGCCUGUGCUUGGACACUGACCCGCUCAAUCGCCCGACGGCCGCAGACCUCGUCGAGCUGUUCCAGCAUUUCAUCGACGAUACCAUGGUCCUCACUUAGGCCAGCUCGUCCCGACGCGUCGCACAACGUCAUUCUGCACCUUGACAUGUCGAUAACUAGCGAACUGUAUGACGUUGCGA